AUGAGCUCUCCCACCCACGAGACCGAGACCAUCUCUCUGAGCGAGAUACCGGCCCGUCGCUCUUCCAAUGACGUGACUCCAUCGGAGAUCGAGCAGCCUUCACUGCCCCCCGCAGACGGGGGCAAGGCUGCAUGGCUAUUGCUCGCAUCAUGCUGUCUCAUUCAGCUACCAGUCUGGGGAUUCUCGACCGUAUUCGGUAUUUUCCAAGAGUACUACAGCACGCAUAAUGUGUUGCAGGGCGAUAAAGGUGACCUUGCUACCGUGGGAACUACAUCAACUGGUCUUUUAUACCUCUUAUCUCCUGUGACGUUCACCCUCUUGACGCGGUAUCCACGCCUCCAAGCUUGGUGCAUUCCAACCGGUCUAGCUAUCACUGUGAUCGGUUCUCUUCUGUCGUCAUUCUCCCAACAAGUCUGGCACCUUAUUGCAACACAGGGUGUUAUGUGCGCCAUCGGUAAUGCACUCAUGUUCAGCCCAUCUUCUCUGUAUAUGGACCAGUGGUUCAUACAGAAGAAAGGACUUGCCCUCGGGAUCAUGUGGGCAGCUAAGAGUAUUACUGGCGUUGUAUUGCCUUUCGUUGCGAAUGCUUGUUUGAACAGAUUUGGUUCUAGUACGACAUUCAGAGCUUGGACUGUCACUACGUUGCUCACUACCCUACUCUCAUUGCCAUUUAUGAAGCCUCGAAUCCCAGUCUCAUCUUCUGCUUCAGCCCGUCGACUGGACCUCAGCUUCCUCAAAUUGGCCACGUUCUGGAUGCUUCAGGCAGGCAACGUCAUCCAAAGCUUUGGAUACUUCUUACCAUCCACAUAUCUGCCAUCAUACUCCACCACAACUGUCGGUCUGUCUGGGACAACGGGCACAAUGCUUGUAUCGCUCUUCAACGCGACUUCGGUCGUCGGCGGUAUCUGCGUCGGAAUGCUCUGCGAUCGUUUUGCAGUGUCAAAUAUUCUGCUUCUCUCCUCAAUGGGCUCAGCGCUAUCUGUAUUCCUUCUAUGGGGCAUGGCAGCAUCUCCAGAGUCUGAAUCAUCUCAGAGAGCUAUUGCGCUGCUCACUUUGUUCUCCAUCUUUUAUGGCUUCUUCGCGGGUGGAUUCAGUUCUACCUGGUCAGGUGUCAUUAAGCAGAUCAAACGUGACUCGUCUACGUCCUUGGAGACAGGGUUGGUCUUUGGUUUGCUUGCAGGAGGGCGAGGAAUCGGCAAUGUCAUCAGCGGUCCGUUGAGCACGGCACUAAUAAAUCAAGGGUCGGUGAGUGGAUCGCAAGGCAACGCUGGAACGGGAUUUAGCACUCAGUAUGGGACUUUGAUUCUUUUUACUGGUAUCACGGCGGUUUUCGGAGCGUGGAGCUGGAUGUGGCGUUAUAUCAGCUCGGGGAUGCACUGUGUUAGUCGUUGA